UCGUAUUGUAUUUAAUAUUUAAUAAUGUAAAAUUAAUAUAGAUUUAGGAAUAAUAGGAUUAGUAAUUUAAUAACAAUUUAAAUUUUAACUCUUAGUUACCUAUGUGGUGUUCACUUUUAUGAAAAUGUGUUCACAAAAUCAUUUUUUACUAGUAAUUUGACAUUGUUUAGUUGUGUUGAUCAAAUCGUCAUGACCGAAGAACAGGUCGGUUUCAAUUUGGCCGAUCUGAAGAAGUUGUGCAAGUCUUAUAUUGACUACACGAGAACUUAUGCAGACCUAAACAACCAACAGUGUCAUGAAAUGGAUGGAUUCGUGUUUCAGUUUGCAUCUGAGGUUGUUGACUUUAGCUCGCAGUACGGUAGCGACAUUAGUAUAUCAUACACAGCCAGCAACCUUACAGGCAAGCCGAGCAAAUUUCCCAAUUAUGGAGAUUUUCCACAAUCCUAUGUCAUGAGAUCUUAUGGUCCAUGGAAAGAGCAAUCUCCAUCUAGAAAAUGUAUAAUAAUGCCACAAAAUGCAGAUAAAAUUAAGAGUGAAGAUUUUAUAAUUUUGUCAUUUGACAUACCCGUCAUUCCCAUGGUAAUUUCCAUUUUUGAAACAUAUACACCAGGAUCAGUUGUUCGUAUAUCAGGUAAAGUAGUUGACCAACCAGAUACGAAAGCGUGGAAAUUGUUAUGGGAAGGCAUGCCUCAAAAUUGUAACGGCCUACGACAAUCUCGAUUGUUCACUCCGCCAAUAAAUUUCAUAGGAGAACGUAUCAAGCAAAUAUGUAUCGAGUUUAAUCAUACACAAUUGGAGUACUACACGGAGUUGGAUGCCGUUUCUUUAGGGGGUAUUAUAAAUUACCCAGAAGAUGGUGUAAUCCGUGUAACAAAACCUCCAAUUACACCAUCUUUGGCAGGUUAUAUUUUUGAUGAUAAUCAAGAUGCUUCGGAAAUUAGUGUAUCUUCGAGUGUGCCCAAAAUGCCCAUUUCAACAAGUUUAGAUCCUUUUUUAAAAUUAAUAAAAAACAUAGAAGAAUUAGAAAACGAAUGCCGCAAAGCGCCAAAUGUCGAUCUCAUAUCUCAAUUACCCGAUGAAACAUUGCUGCAAAUAUUUUCAUACUUGGAUUUAAAAUCUCUGCGUAGAUGUAUGGCUGUUUGUAAACGGUUCAAUGAUAUUUGUAAAGACGAAUUUUUGUACACUGAAAUAAAUUUAAAACCAUAUUGGUCUUCAUUUUCAUAUUCAAUGUUAACUUCAUUAGAACCUUAUUGUACUCGACUAACAAUGUUGGAUUUGUCAUGGUGCGGCAUAACUAAUGGAAUAACUAGUACGGAGUUUAACUGUUUCAUUAAAAAAUGCGGAAUCAAUUUUACACAUUUGCGAUUGGACAGCUGUGGAUUUGUCAAAGGAACCGUGUUAACUGCCAUUAGCUUAUACUGCCCUAAUCUCAAAGAAUUAAGUUUAAGAAACUGCACCUCAAUCGAAUUUGAGUUUAAUUGUAUGCUGUGUUUUCCGAAAAUUGAACGAUUUGACUUUUAUCGGACUAAUGUUAGCGUGAAAGCAUUAGAAUCCAUUCUGCGUCAUACACCUAGAUUGAAACACAUAAACUUAGGAUCUUGUAAAAAAAUUGAAACUAUGGAUCGAGUGGCGUUUACUUUGGCUUUUUGGAACACAGAACUUGUGUCUGUAGAUUUUUGGAAAAGUUACACUUUGUCACCAAAUGGACUACGAUUCUUGACAGCUUGUUCUAAACUCGAAGAAAUCGAUCUUGGAUGGUGUUUGGGAUUAAGUAUUCCUGGCGACAGUCUUGUGAGUUUGGCGAAAGCGUGUCCAAAUCUUAAGAAGAUUAUUAUUGUGUCUUUGCGAGGUGUAUGCGACCGAGAUCUGUUUGCAUUCUCUGAUAACUGUCCCUUAUUGGAACAAAUAGAUCUAGUCGGUCUUAGAGCAAUUACAGCUGAUGCUUGUUCUAGGUUCUUACAGAAUUGUAAGCGGUUAAAAUUGAUGGAUGUCAAUUUCUGUGAGAACGUUAAAGAAAUGAAUAUCCUCGAUUGGCGGCUGAACUAUCCGGAAGUUUGCAUAAAGUAUACCACUUCAAAUCAUACCAACGUAUAUCACUACUAGACCAUCACAAAAAUUAUUUGACUCUAAGACGCCGUGACCAGUUCGAGGACAAGUGGUGUUUACUCUAUUACACUGAAUUCUUUCGAUAUCAGCCCACUGAUUUAUUUGAAGUCCUUCGUUGGCAUACUUGAACCAUGAAAAGAAGCUCAACCACCGGAAGUAAGGGGGAAUCGAACUACAAAAACAAUUGGUGUUAAUAACUAAUAUUAUUUGUAUAUACUAUUAAAGCGAUAAACAGUUUUUUUUUUAAAAUU